AUGGCGCAAGGCGUACCGUCAGAUAUGGAUCUUAUAGGGCGGCUCAAGGUUCGACAACUAUGGCAAGUACAGACUUUUGUGCGGUGCAGACAGGCUACCACACCUGAUAGUGAACGGAGACCAAAGGCAUUGGGGAGAGUUCUUAACACCAGGACUUUGUUCUUGUACAUUACGGGAUGGAUCGGGUGGGUGGGGAGAAGCUACUUGAUAGCGAUUAGUGAUGAGAAGAAACCAGCGAUGAAAGAGAUCAUUAUUGAUGGACCAGUAGCUAGUCGUCUCAUCUUCUGUGGUUUCAUCUGGCCUGUUGCUGCUUACAGAGCAUUGCUCAAUGGUGAUCUCAUUGCCAAGGAUGUCUAG